AUGUCAUCUUUUGUGCACGUUCAUGAUGUCAUUUUGAUCCGUACUAUUCAAGAGUUCUCAGUUGUUCCGGGAGAAAUUGAUGCUGUGGCAAGAAAGGCGCUUGUCAAGGCUUCUUCGGCAGCACAACGUGGAGAAGAGGUAUAUCCCAGGCAGUCUUCCGGGUCUGAUGUAGCAACAAUGGGCCCUCCCCCUCCUCCUCCUGCUUCUAUCUCUAAUAAACUUCCCACCAAUUUUUGUGCACCCUCCAUUUCCUCUGCUGGUCCGCGCAGUUCUUCUAGUGUAGGCUACACAUCAAACCAUUCUCUUCAUGGCCAACAGCGCAGCAAAAUGUUGGCUGCCACAAUGAUGCCUCAACGCCAAGUAACUAUUUGA